GGACAGAACUAUUCCCAAAUGAGCGGAAGAACUUUACUGCUUGUCGUGUUUUACGUGCUCCUGUAUGUUCUGGUACUGCGUUGGGCUUUCCAAAAGCCAACGCACCCGUUCCCAGACGACGAGAAGUAUAUCAGAGCGACUCUAAAAAAGCUACUUAUUGCUCGCCAUGUCGGCAGCCCAGGACAUGCCGCAGUUCGUGACUUCCUCGACAAGGAACUAAUGCGGUUAGGUUUCCUUUCCAAAAGUUAUGACUUUUUCGAAGGCAUCAACUACUCCAAUGUGGUGGGCUAUUGGAAUGACCAGGCAGACCAGUAUCUUGUGCUAACCUCCCACUACGAUGGCCCAAGUCCGAGGAAGGAACAGGAGAAAGACGUCUUGGUUUCAGCCACAGACGGAGCUGUUUCCUGUGCCAUUCUGCUAGCUUUGGCCAGGACGUUUAGGUUAUUUGCCAGGUCCUUGGGCCCAUCCACUGGUCUGGUUCUUGUAUUCUUUGACGGCCAUGAGUCCCAGGCCACGGAACCUGAAAAAAAACCUAAGCUCUAUGGAUCACAGCACUUUGUGAAUAGUCAAAUUAUACCUAAAGACGAAAUAGCUCUUGUCGUGUCGCUUAACCACAUUGGUGCACCCAACCAAACUUUUCCAAGCUUCUCCGAAAAAAAUCAUAAAAAUCAUAAUCGCAUUGCAAACAUAGAACGAGAGCUACGGAAAUCUGGUAAACUAGUCGACUCUCAUGUCCUGUUCCAUAAGAUUGUGUCGUAUAAGAAUGACCUUCCCGAUGAUCAUGUACCAUUUAAAGAAUAUGGGGUGCCUGUCCUGCAUAUUGCUCCGCCAAAAUACCCGGAUGUCCAUCAUACAGCAGCUGAUAAGGCGGAAAAUUUACAUUGGCCCACGAUUCUUAAUAUGAUUAAAAUAUUACGCCAUUUUAUUUUUGAUUUUUUGGUAUCAAUAGACACUGAUGAAUACGAAUCUGAUUUUUACGGUUAUAUAAAUGGGGAAUAUGUCUAAUAAUACUAUUAGGUAUUAAACAUAAAUUUCCCAAAGGAACAAAAUAUAAUGUUAAAUUGUUUACCAUAAA